AUGGUCCCCCCAUAUUUCGAGCUCAGUUGGUCGAUCCUGAGCACCAUUGGCUUGUUCCUGACCGUCGUCGGGUUCUGGGCCAUCUUCAUCACUCGCGUCUCGCCCCUGCAUCUCGUUCCGAUCGUUGUCUCCAUCGCCUGCGCUGUCGCAAAUGGCCUCUGCUACUACGCCUUUUACGCCGAGCACCCAACGCGGCAGCUCGUGGUGGCCAGCGUCUUUGCCGAUCUAUUUUGGCUGAUCCAGGAAGCUGGCCUCUCGUUUUACGGCUACCAAAUCCUCGUCCACACCCUCAAAGACCGGGCCCUCGUCAUCUUCCGCACCAUCUUCUGGACCCUAAUGACAAGCAUCAUCGCCAUCCGCAUAGCCAUCGCCGCCACCCGCGCCAUCGAUGUCGCCACAGACAAACCUCUCCAGCAGCGCGUCGACUACCUACACGUCGGCUACUUCAUCGCCAUCGCCCUCGUCGAGACCAGCAGCGCGCUCUUCCUAAUCCGCCUGCUCCGCGACGCCUACCGCAUGUCGCCCUGGACCUCGCCGACGCGCGAUCUCUUCCGGCACCUGCUGCAAUCGACCGAGAUCCGGCUCGCUAGUCUCUGCUGCAUCGGGAUUCUGCGCGCCGUCACGUUCUCGCUGCGGACUACCGCGCAGAGCGUUACCAAUGUCGCGAGCGAGUUCGAUCGUUUCGCGUAUACGCUCGAGUGUCUGUUUCCCGUCAUUAUGAUUAUUGAUAUCCUUGCGUCGAAGCGGUUUCGCUUUGAUAGCCACUCUCUUAUUUACUGUAGUGAUCCGCCGGAUGGGCAUCAGGCUUGGGUUGGUCAUCCCACACAGCGGCACUCGCAGUGGGCGGCUAUGUCGCCGGAGUAUUCGUAG